AUGCUCAUCGUGCUUUCUACCUUCCUCUUCCUCCUUCUGCUCUUCCUGGUAUGCGUCAUCCUCCUCCGCCGACGGCGAGGCAUCAUGCUCCGCGACUCCGAUGGUCCAGUGGACAUGAGCCGGGAGGAUCUCAUCGAGGGCGAAGGCGGAUUCGAGGGAGUCGAGUCCCGCUGGCUGGAGACUGUCUCAGAGUUAGAGCGUCGAACCUAUCAGCGUGCAAAAGAGUACCAACUGCAGUACCCUCCCAACUCCCUUCCCACCGACAUCACGCUAUCCCAAUUCCUUUCGAUUCAAGAGAAGGGUGUAUCAGCAUGGUGCUUUGAACCGGACUUCGAGGCGCUAUCCUCCCUCUUGGUGCAUGCUCGCACCGAGCUCACGUUUCUUCCCGACCCUGCCUCUGCCUCUUCCGUCCAGUCCAAUCUGCCUCUACCCAAACUCAACGAGGUCUACUAUUGGGAGACGAAGAUGUUUGACCUUCCUGAGACGACAAACGUUGCUAUUGGCUUGGCCACGAAACCCUACCCGUCUUUCCGCCUUCCUGGUCUUUGUCGACACUCCGUUGCGUAUCACUCUAACGGUGACAAGUCCCACAACUACCCGUUCACCGCUACCGCCUGCGGAGUGUCGCUCAAGGAAGGCGAUGUCCUCGGUGUUGGAUAUCGGCCCCGCUCAGGCACGGUGUUCUUCACCAAGAACGGGAGGAAAAUGGAGGAUGCGUUCACGGGUCUCACCAAUUGGAACCUCUUCCCUACCAUUGGUGCAGAUGGCCCGUGCAGCAUCCACGUCAAUCUCGGCCAGUCCGGUUUCGUCUUUAUCGAGGCCAACGUCAAACGCUGGGGUCUGGCGCCCAGCGUCGGAACUCUUGCCCCGCCGCCAGCGUACGGGAGCGAAGUGGGCAGUAUUCUUCUCGCCGCUGGGGGCGAGAUGACGCCAAUUCAUAGUGGUGCCGGUACCCCCACGAGUCCAGCAGGCGGUUCCACGCGGUCCCGUCGUUCCCACCGCUCACGCAGACCACGGUCGGGCCUCUCUAUAUCCGCGCCCGUCGAGUCCUCCCCCCUCCGCAAUAGCCCUCUCACCUCCCCAUCUCCCCCGGCUACGCCCCCGCCCCCAAUCACCCCCAUCGAGGAGGAGCCCGCCUUCCAGGACGGGGCAGGAUCAUCCACAUCUCGGAGGUACAUCUCGCCCACCGACACGCCAUUCCACGCCCCUCCUAACUCUAAUAUCCCCUCCUCUCCGACGGAAAGAGAGGAAUACCUCCCUGUGGAUGACGAGGUGUCAGGUGCUGGCUCUUCCCCGUCGCACUCCCGCAAUACCUCGGGUGCAGGUGCGAACCAGUUCAAUAUCCCCCGACCUCAGCCUAUCAACAUCACUCAUACCCGUACCGGGUCACGCUCGUCGGUAUCAGGCGUGGACCUUGCGAUCCAGGUUCAUCCACCUCCAGAGUCGCCAAUCACCAGCGACCUCCCCACACCCGGACCCCGUGACAUCCACCUGCAGGCGUUAGCCCCCCCAAGUUCUUCUGCUGCCGGGCCGCCUGCUCAUAAUUCUGUUAGCUCGGCCUCGCAGCUGGAAGUCCUGAACGCGGAGCCCCCCGCGUACUCUCCUCUGGAUGCCUUUGCGUACCCCGACGGUGCCCAGGUGGAUCUCCCCGCCGAGGUCAUCGCCGCGGCGCUGGAGAGAGGUGCUCUGCCGCCGCAUGUCAUCGGGACUGGGAACUCCCGUUCUGAUAGGCACAGGAGUCGUCGUGACCGGCGGACGUGA